AUGCAUCAGCAAUUCUCACAGGUGGCGUACCGCCCCAAUUCAAUACAGAAUAUUCGAUCCCUUCGCAAACUAUUUGAGGUCGUCAAUCAGCAGUACAGCCAUGUGUCCAUCUUUAUUUUGAUCGCCCAUCUCAUCAUGGAGUUGGUGUCUGUGGCAUUCUACGUCUGGACGUCACAGGUAACAGCAGCCACAUCAGUUGCUGAGUUCCACUGGAACGAAACAGUCUUUAUUGUGGAAGUUGGGCUCAAUAUCAUCUUCUUCCUGGAGUGGAUUAUUCUCCUUUUCGGGGAAGACGACAAGAUGCGGUAUUGCCUCUCGUGGCUCUCGAUAGUGAAUGCAGCGACAAGUGUCCCGAUGAUAGUGUUUGGCAUUGGGGCUUUGACCGACGAAAGGUGGCAGAGUUUUUGGGUGCCCAUGUAUCUGCGCGUGUGGUGGCUGUAUGACUGUGUGGUGAUUCUCCUGGAUUAUCCACAGGUAGCGUGGUGGAUGAUGGACAUCACCCGAGAGAUUUGCCGUUUCCUUACAAAGCACUUGGCUGUGAUGUGCACUUGUGUCGGCACACACCAGAUUGUCGAGAGCACAUGCGGGAAUUACAUGGAUCUUUACGAUUCUCUGUACUGCAUGAUUGUUGGCUUCGGCACAAUUGGGUUUGGCGAAAUUACUCCAUUAACAACGCCGGCUCGACUGUUGAUGAUUGGCUUCAUUGUGAUCGCCCUUAGCUUCUUUAUGCCCUUGUUCCAGCGACUGGCUCGCAUUGNUGCACUUGUGUCGGCACACACCAGAUUGUCGAGAGCACAUGCGGGAAUUACAUGGAUCUUUACGAUUCUCUGUACUGCAUGA